AUGGCUGCUGGGGAGGGGGCUCCUCUGAGCCCUUUGUUGGGGGUCAGGCAGCAACUUAGUGAGCCUGAGCAGAGCCAGGGCUGCAAGCUGGAACUGCUGGAAAAAGCCAUCCACCUGGACUCUGAGGCUGUCCCAGGCCUGGGUGGCCAAGAUGUGGCCCACACUGAGUCACCAGUACCUAGCAAAGCCAUAGCAGGCAAGCUACCACUGGCCAGGAAGGUGCACAUGGACCCAAGGCAGAGUGCCUUCAUGAAGCUUCCACAGCUCCAGGUGCAGCUGGGGGAUUGCCAGGUGUGGGUAGGAGACCACAGAGACCAACCAGAUCAACCUGAACCCCAGCAGCAGGCCCUGGACAUCCCUAGGGCCCUGGUGAGCGGCAGCACAGUCUGCUCUGUAGGGCCUAGAACCACCAGAGGUGAGCAGAGGAGUGCCUUCAGCAAACCUACCAAGAGCCCAACAGAGAGAUGGGGGUGCUUUCCUGUCAUCCCAGGAGGAGCACCUGGAGAUUCCUUAGGGGCACUCUCAGGACUCCUCACAGCUUCGGACAUCCCUUGCUGGGGCGGGCUAUCCACUUGCAGGCUCCUGGGUGAUGUCUGGAAUUUGGGAAUGCUGUCACGGAACUCUCUGCUCUGUGGCACUUUCCAAGGGACCCCCAUGCUAUGGCUGGAACACACCCAGGUCCGAGUACCCACGCCCUUAGCACCCACCACCACGCUCUCAAGGGCCCUCUUGCCAUCUCCACUCUCUUCCCCUGGCUUGUCCACCCAGAAUUGGUGUGUCAAGUGCAGCCUUGCCUUUCGCCUGACAGCUGACCUUGUCUUCCACAUGCGAUCUCACCACAAAAGGGAGCACACAGAGGCUGACACACUUCCUAGGAAGCGCAGCAAAGAGGCCCUCAUUUGCCAAGUCUGCCAUGAGUACUUCCGGGAGCGCCACCAUCUCUCAAGGCACAUGACUUCUCACAGCUAGCAGGUGGCCUGGGGUCCAGUGUCCAACGGCAAGGAAGAUGUGGCCAAAGAUGGGCUGGACUGUCUCCAGAGGAGCAUUUUGAUCACCAUCUGAAUGAGACAAGGCAAUCCAUGUGAUGUGUUUUGCAGGAAGUGAAGCCAUGGAUUGAAAGGGUGCAUUUUUAUUUU